UUCACCGGCUUCACAUACCUCCCAUCUCCCCUCCCUCUUUAUUCACAAAAUCUCUCUCCAUAGAAAGCUAUAAAAUCAUCUGUUCAUAUAAAAGAUCGGUUUUUUCAAAUUUUCACCGCGAUUUGUCCAACCCCUUUUGUCAAAUCUCACCAAUUUUGUCUCAUAUCUUCGUUUUGAUUCAGCUAAAGCUUCAAAAGAUUGAAGAAACCCUAAUUGAAAUUUCGCAUUGUAAAGGAUCUAAGUAGCGAUUUGUGAUAAAUCGAGUAAUGGCGGAUCAAGUAAUGGAGGGUAGUCAACCAGUUGAUCUCACAAAGCAUCCAUCUGGAAUUGUUCCUACUCUUCAGAACAUUGUUUCUACAGUCAAUCUGGAUUGCAAACUAGAUCUUAAAGCUAUUGCACUACAAGCUCGUAAUGCUGAAUAUAACCCCAAGCGUUUUGCUGCUGUGAUCAUGAGGAUAAGAGAACCAAAAACAACAGCCCUAAUUUUUGCUUCUGGAAAGAUGGUUUGUACAGGAGCCAAGAGUGAACAACAAUCAAAACUUGCAGCAAGGAAGUAUGCUCGGAUUAUUCAAAAACUCGGGUUCCCGGCAAAAUUCAAGGACUUUAAGAUACAAAAUAUUGUGGGGUCAUGUGAUGUCAAAUUUCCAAUUAGACUUGAAGGUCUUGCAUACUCUCAUGGUGCCUUUUCAAGUUAUGAACCAGAAUUAUUCCCGGGAUUAAUUUACAGGAUGAAACAACCCAAAAUUGUUCUGCUUAUUUUUGUUUCAGGGAAAAUUGUUCUAACAGGAGCUAAGGUUAGAGAUGAGACUUAUACUGCAUUCGAGAAUAUAUAUCCAGUUUUAACUGAAUUCAGGAAGAAUCAGCAGUGGUAUGAUAUAUGA